CCUCUCGUUUAACUUGGAUGCAAAAGAAGAACAGCUGAUGGCUUCCUGUGGGCAAAGGAUUGCUGCGCUGUGGCCGAGCCGCUUUGUGCUAUUGAAACCCAAGUAGCUGCUUUGAUUUUUGCCAACGACAUUUUAUGUUCUGUUCCACUCGUUUUGUGAGCGACGGGGCUUAAUGGGAGGGGGGCACCAGCCUUGAGUCCCCUCGGAGAGGGAGAGCCUUUAUCAAAGGCUUCAGGGAUACAAAUCGAUUCCUUUCACAUGCUGAAGGAGAGGAAUAAGAUUGCUAUUGAGCUUCUCUAAAUGAUCGGCAAACCCAGGCAUGCUGAAAUGUUUGGGCUUAGUCCUUUAUUUUAAGGCUGGGGGUAGGCUCUCGUCCCUCCAGGUGAGGGGAUAAAAGAGAACUGUGGCUGCAUUUACACGGUGGUGCUUUUCAACUGUUGUUUCAAGCUGGUCGGGCACUUCUGCAACUAAAUCCCAUGUGUGUUUAGAGAAAGGGGCCGUUCCCGGAUAUUUACUGGAGGAGGCCGAACUUCUGAAAAAGCUGUUUACCACGCGCCUGAAACAGGGGUAGAGGACACAGCAGAGCCGGUUAUCUGCUUGCAGCUCCGAUAAGGAGGUGGACUAGAUCGCUGGCCCGUUUCUGAACUCUGCUUAAUGAAUGGUUGCUAGGCAAAUUGCAUCUCAAUCAGGUUAAUCCUCGAGAUGUCAUUUACAGGUCUGCUCUUUGUGAGGCCAGAACUAUGUGCUUUCCAACUGUACAGGCCAGAAACUGCUGGCAAAGCAGCUUCAAAUAGCUUGUUCAAGAACUGGGUGUAUGUAUGUUGCUGAGUGGCCCAGUUUGAAGUGCUUGGUGUCACAGGACCGUCAUUUCACGGACAUGUGGUAGGUUAGAUAUCCAGUGAUAAAUAGGAGACGGCAAUGCCAUUAGUACCUUUCCGGGAUCAGCACGGUAUGUAGCUUAACUCUUUGGCAUUGGAUUAAGGUGAAAAAUGUCUUGCUUCUCCCCUUUGACGGCGCUCCUGGGUAGUGGCAGGUGUUUCAGUGCUGAGCGAAUUGGCUGCGGGUCCAGGCGAGGUUCUGGUGGGACGAGGUGACUUCUGCAGACUGAGGGGUGGGAUUGCCGAACCGAGAUGAAAACGUGGGACGGCGUAGAAGGCCAACAAAUAAGGAGUUCCCAAACUGAGAAAGGGGGCCAGCAGGACCCCUCCGGCCUGGCCCCCUUGCCCGUGGCAUCGGGCCCAGACGUGAGGCCAGCCAGGCAGGUGGGCUGGCACGAGGCUACCUGUGAGAUGGGGAAGAAAGUCCAUUGAACCAGGAUUCAGAGAAUUAAUUGCACUUGCCAGGGAGUGCGGCCAAAAUGUCCUCUGCUCCCGGUUCAGCCCAAAGAAGAGUAUGCAGUUUCAUAACGUGGUUAAACUUUAACAGAUCUCUGCACAACAGGAGAUAAUAAGGCACUUGCUUUUAGCUGAUUUUCCACGAGAGAAAGUUUAUUGCAAAUAAGAAUGUUGCUCUCCGAAUGAGUCCUCUUUGCUCUUGCUCCGAAGGUGCUCUUUGAGUUUUAUGUCAUUGAAUAUUGAACUCGGGUCGAUGCAAAUUAAAGAGUAUACAAUAGUGAAGAGGGAAAAUGCUCUGGGCUUGGUUAACAUUGAAUGCAUUUUAGAAAUGGCUAAUAAUACCACAGCUUGAAAUGAAAUGUGGGUUUGUGUUAAAUAGCUAUAAUAUUGGUCUUUCAUGAGCAGUCGUUACAGGAACUUACUAGAGUUUAAAUGACUUGGGCUUGGUUUGGGGCUAAAUGAAAGUAGUAGAACUUCAAAAGCAGCUUUUCAUAUGAAGAUCUUGAAAUGGUAGGUGCUUUAUUCAAGAUUGUUUCAAACCAGUUUAAAAUAAUACCCAUCUAGUUUAAAGGAGAAGAAUAGGGCCUAUGCAGAAGGUACCACUUCUGUCACCAGCAGAACAAAGGCAGCACCUGGACCAUUGCAGGAGGAAGAAAGAGGUUGGGUGACCGAAUCCUGCGAGACCGGAGCAGUGGUGUUUUAUUCCCCUGCAAGUCAAGAUAUUGUUCCAGGCUGCUGAAUCAGGGGCCUGUCUGGCAAGUACAAGACAAGAGCAAUAAAACCAGUUUGUCAUAGCUAGAAGUUUUGCCUAAAGUGCUUUUCACGUGGUUGAACUGGGCCAGAAAGGCUUGUUAAGAGCCUGUAAUAUCCAUGCGGUACAUCAGGAACAGUUCCCUCUCCACCCCGAGAGUCUCCUGCCAUAUGACAGACCUCUCUUCAGAGCCGUGGGAGUGCACGCCUGCCCCUGGGCACCAGCACCCUCAAAGCAAGGGGGCGAAAGCUGCUGUCCCUAAGCUCUGCCUUGAUCCCUGUCUGGCCAAAACAGACCUACAACUUCAGCCUCUCCCUCCCUUCCAAUUGUAGGAUUUAUGUCUGCACCGAUUUCAUUCCUCACGCUUUGUGACGGGCUUUGUCAGGUCCACAUUGUAACCUGGGAAGCCAUAAGAUUAAAACCUUGGUUCUCACAGUCUUAUCAAGGUCCCUGCUCUGUCUUGCAUCUGCUCAUUAGCUGCAGGAUCUAUUAGGUGAGUUUGUGAACUUUCCACCUGACGGCAGGUCUUUCUUGUACGAAUGAAUGUUCAGGAGGAUUGCUGAGUCCUAAAACUCCCUUCUAAAAUCUUCAGUAUGACUGAUUUAAAGCAAAUGAUUUACUGGGCUCCUUGAUCUUCUGCUUCAGACUUGGCUGCACAACUUGACUGUUAAGAAGUCUGGCUAUUUUCUUGACCAGAAAAGAAGAAAAUCUUUCAGAUCCUUAAGAUUGCUUGUGGCUUGCAGCAAGAAGCAGAGAGCCAGUUUGUUUCUAAAGAGAUCCCGUUCUGGAGUCGGGUGGGCUGGGCGCCUCUUGAUGAUUUACAAAGCGUCGUUCUGCUAAUACAGCGCACGUUGAUCAGAUGGGAUGCUCCACUCCGGGAGAAAAAUGUUGUCCUCUUCUACUAGCGGUACCCAGCUCGCUUCUUGUGGAUUUUCAUUCCCAGCUGGUGGGGCCUGCGGCAACUGUAUCGCAAAGAAAGAAGGGGUAUUUAUUGAAGCAAUCUUUGCAGUUUGAAGAUGUUCCCUCCACUGAUUUGACCGUCCCCUCUUCCCUGAAGACAUGAGAUAUGUGCCCUGCGCGAGAGUGCUGGGUGGGCUCUUUCGGCGUCUAACUGCUUUGACGGGGGUCGGUUGCUACGUGGCAGGACGGGUCCUCUCAACGGGGGAUCUGUGGAGCUGGCACGCUCAAAACAGAGGGGACACUACACAGAAAAUGAGAUCUGCACAGUAUCCUACCCCAGCAGAAUUGGAUGCUUAUGCUAAGAAGGUCGCCAACAACCCACUGACUAUAAAAAUAUUUCCCAACAGCGUCAAGGUUCCCCAGAGGAAACACAUACGCCGUACUGUGAACGGACUCGAUACUUCAGGCCAGAGGUACAGUCCUUACCCGCCUCAGGCCACCACCAAAACCGGCCUGCUGGCGAUCGUGAAAUCUCCCGCAAAGGGCAUCCUCAAGGACUUUGACGGGACCCGCACGCGCCUGCUGCCGGACGCCAUGAUGAACCCCCCUUCCACGCCGUACGUUGCACCUAGCACUUUAAGCCACCCCCAGGCGCUCGCGCGCCAGCAGGCUCUUCAGCAUGCACAGACUCUGCCGCACCCCCAGAGCAUCCCGCAGCACCCUCAGGGCAUCCCGCAGCCGCAGGCUUUGCCACACCCUCAGAGCAUGCCGCCGGCCCAGGGCUUGCAGCACCCCCCGAGCCUGGCACACCAGGCGCUGCAGCACCCCGCGAACCCGCUGCUGCAGCCAGGUUUACAUGGAAGCAGAAAGAUGCCGGAUGCAGACGCGCCGCCGAAUGUGACCGUGUCUACCUCAACCAUCCCCCUCUCCAUGGCUGCCACUCUGCAGCAGAGCCAGCCGCCGGACCUGAGCAGCAUCGUGCACCAGAUCAACCAGUUCUGCCAGGCCAGAGCUGGCAUUAGCACUACCUCAGUCUGUGAGGGACAGAUUGCAAACCCCAGCCCCAUAAGUCGCAACCUGCUUAUCAAUGCAAGUACCAGGGUAUCAACUCACAACGUCCCCACGCCCAUGCCUUCCUGUGUAGUUAACCCUGUCGACCACGCUGCUGCUCUGCCCUCCGCCUCCGUUAAUGUGCCCAUGGUGAACGUUAACAGAGUGCCGGCCGCGUACCAGAGCGAAAUCAAAGCGGCUGCCUGGAACCAGCACCAGCUCGCCCAUCUGCAGCAAAUGUGCGGUGACGCGGCUGGGCCUGCUGGACUGGCCGGGAAGCACCCUCAGAGAGAGCUCGCAGGGCCAGGAUUCCCUGGUAAGACAUCCAGCUACCCUCAAGAACUGUGCAUGGGCCAGUCUUUCAACUUAAAGCCUCCCCUCGAGAAGCCUACACCUUCCCCGCCUGUGAACGGGUUGCAGGGCCCCUUGCCAUAUACGAAUGGGCACUAUUUCCAGCCCAUAUGGAAUAACAUUCUGCCCACACCGAACAGUGACAGCUCUGGGUCGCAAGACCUUGCCAUGCCUUUUCACGGAGGACAGCCAGCAGGCGCGCCGCUAGAUUGUGCAGCAGGAACUCACUAUCGAGCUGGAGCUGGCUCAUCCAGCCAGAGUAACGUGAUGCAGACCAUGGAUUACCUAAGCGGGGACUUCCAGCAGUCUUGCUUCAGAGAUCAGAGCAUGGCCGUGCUGGGAAAAGUCCAUCGGCCUCCCAUGAACCGAGCGCCUGAACCAACCGAUAGUCGAAAUCUUCAUAUUCAGCACCCAGGGUAUAGAUAGGCUGCAGUCACUUUCACAGACAAAAUUAUAGGUUUAGUCUUAAUUUUAAUUAAUAAGCAAGGCAUUUUUAACUUGCAAACUUGUGUGAUCAUUAUAGUAACCAUUGAAACAAAACAUACUGUAUCUUUAAAAGCUUUGCCUCCCCAUUGCCUGUCUCCUUUUGCGUCCGGUACUUCACAUGCCUUUUGUUUCAAAGAGCUGGCUCACGCUGUCGCAUGCCACGGCCGUUCCUCCGCCGCAGAGUCCCCUCUGCACAGCCUUUGCCUUCUGCUUGGUAACUAUUUGCUGGCCUCGCGUUGUUGCGGCAGGGUUCACAGCUGCAUCUGUUAGCUGGCUCUUUAAAGAGCCAGGUAGCAAUAGCUGCUUACAUUUCCAUUUCAAUUUCCUCUGACGAUUAAGAGCAAGAGAAUUUGUCAGGAAGCAGGGCUGGUUUUCAACCCUGAAGUCCAUUUCAUUAAAUGCAUUAAACAUUGACCGUUUGCACUGUCUAGAGGCCUAUUUAAUUGAAAAGGAAGCCUGCUUUUGAAAGGAUCCAGCUAGGGUUAUCUAUUUAGGCAUUAGCAUAGGCUGAAGCUCUUUUUGCUGGCGCUUGCAGAGUUCUGCAUUUAUCGUUUAGACUUUGUCCAAAGUCGAAGUCCCUUACUGAUUUUUUUUCUGAACGCUUUGUUGAGGACAGGGUAUGAGAGGGUUGGCCGUUUUAGGACGUAGGCUACCCAGCUGCGUUGGUGGCUGCUGCCUCCUCCAUCUGAUUCCCUUCCCCCUCGCUCUUUGGAAAGCUAACUAUGUCUGAACCCCUCGCUGCUAGGAGUCUGGAUGUCCUGAUGCAAAGUGCUGUAGUGAGGUUUUAUCCCAGGGAUCCAGACCCGCUGACCACCCCAAAAAGGGUUCAGCUUCUCCCCUAGUACAUAGGAUUAGUUUCAGGGUGGGGAGGCAUCACAGGAGGUCCGUGUCCGGUGCGAUGGAAGGGCGCGCGGGGCGGCGUGGCACUCACGUUCCAGCGGCAGGACCCAUGCAGGGGCAGGUAUCUGCUGCGAAGUGACGCUUCAGUCUCGAGACGUGGUGGGGCAUACGUUAACGCGCCACAGGAGAGGUUUUCUCUGGGAAGUGCUACGAAGCUAUUUAGAAAGUACCUUUUCCCCAGAGUCUUGGUGCCUAACUACUUCUCUUCUCUUCUCUCCCCACGCCACUGACAGCGUAGCGGCGUUGGUGACCGGUAGAACACUAACCCUUGGGUAACCGCCGUGUCUCGGUCUCUUCCGCGCAUCGAAAACCCCUUCUGUUUUUGUACUAGUUCGGUUUGUUGUGCGUAGGAAGCUUCUCAUCUGCAACGAGACUAAUACUUGAAUGUAAUGAUCACAAUCAAGUUUGGAAUUUAAAAAAGAAAAGUAAAUGCAUCGAUUCUUUAUAUGUACACUGGCUAAAAAUAUUGCUCUACACUGUAACUUUUAAGUGUAAUAUUUCUGUAUGAAUGUCGCCUGGUAGUGUGGGUUUGAGUAGCAUUGUGUAUGAGUGAACCCACUGGCCUCUGCCAUUCACUGGCCUCCCCUCACAGCCCUUUGAAAAACAAAGCCUUAAGUAUUUGCUCCUUGAACUGUCCUUAAUGAGCAUGGUUUAAAAUCUUAAGACAUCAUACAAAAUUUAAAAAACAAAAAAACAACAAACCUACAAGUUUUGAAGUGACGUCCUAGUUGGCUAGAGAUUCUUAAAGUUUUUCGUAAAUGGGAAAAUUAGAAAACGUUUCUUUGUAUUUUUUUAAUUUAGACGUGUAGUUCUGGGCUGUAACAAAUAUUUAGGUUUCAAAGCUUAGCAGAGUACGUUUUCUGACUCCUUGCGUAAGGCAGUACACUUAUACCCUGUCAUUAUUUAAAUUCUUUUAAGUGUACUAUAACCGUUCUUUAGUGAUAACUCUUUAGCAAAGUUAAGCAAUUUGACUAAAGACGGAUUAAAUUAUGUGUUGGCUUGUGUUGCCUUAUAUUUAAAAAGGAAAAAUUGCCUGAUUGUGUUAUGCCAAAUGAUAGCAACAUGAAGUCCUAAUUUAUUGUUUAUAAUCGUAUUCCUGAAGUCUUUGUGAAAACUGGUAAAUAUACAUCUAUGAAAGAACUAAAACCCUGAGGCUUUUCAUGCAAUAUUUUUCUGAAUACAUUAUCUUGGAAGCCAAGGUUUGAGUCUGAAGCUGCUUCCUUCUCUUCUCCCUAUUGUCUUCCCCUCCCCCAGAUUGAUCUAGGGCUGUGCUAUGACUUUACCAUGCCCUGCUAAGUUAGUUACUGUGAGGUGUCUGCGACCUGGAUACAAGCCUUUUUACUAAAUAAAAUAUUGGUAUCUCCUCUCUGCAUUAGCCUGCUA